ACUACUGGAAAGACUGGUAUUUUAGAGCGCCUUAACGCUGGUGAGGUUUUAGUCGGAGAUGGAGGGAUGACAUAUGCCUUGGAAAAACGAGGAUAUGUAAAAGCAGGACCUUGGACACCGGAAUGCAACGUGGAACAUCCCGACGGAGUUCGCCAGCUGCAUCGUGAGUUUCUUCGAGCGGGAGCUGACGUCAUUCAAGGUUUCACAUUCUCUAUGGACGAUGACUUGGGAGGAGACCAUGCCAAAUAUGGGACCCAGAGAAUAAACCAAGCGGCGUGCGACCUUGCCAAGGGCGUGGCACAAGAAGGAGGGGUGUACUUUGCAGGUUGUAUAUGUCAGACUGCUUUCUUGUAUCAGAAAGGUGCUGGAAAAGAUGUUGUAAUGAAGAAGUUUAGAGAUGAAAUCGAGAUUUUCGUUCAGAAUGAUGCGGAUAUUCUCAUUGGCGAGUUCUUUGCUAAUGUAGAAGAAGCGGCAUGGGCAGUAGAGGUGAUGACGUCCACAGGAAAACCAGUAGCCAUUACCAUGCAAAUUGGACCACAGGGUGACAUGCAGAAUGUACCGUCAGGCGAAUGUGCAGUGAGGCUGGCAAGGGCUGGUGCUGACCUGGUAGGUGUUAACUGUUGCUUUGAUCCUGAGAAAAGUUUACAGACCAUUAGUCUGAUGAAAGAGGCGUUAGAUAAGGAAGGACUUAAAACCUACCUGAUGGUUCAACCGGUGGGUUAUCAUACUCCAGAUACUGAAAAAGGAUUUGUUGAUUUACCAGAGACUCCGUUUGCCUUAGAGCCUCGCACAUUAACUCGCUGGGAUGUGCACAAGUACGCUCGGCGGGCCUACGACAUGGGAGUGAGGUACAUCGGUGGUUGUUGUGGUUUUCAACCAUACCACAUCCGGGCUAUAGCAGAAGAGCUUGCUCCUGAACGAGGUAGAUUACCCGCCGCCAGCGAAAAACACAGUCCUUGGGGAGAGGCACUCAAACAUCAUUCGGUAGACUCGAUUCGAGCAAGGUGGGUCCGUAACGAAUUGUGAGUAGAAUUCCUUCUCAAUUCCCUAAGCGCCCGCGAGGUGACUUAAGUUCUAUGGCUAUCACUUUAGUGCUAAGUUAGUUAUACUAAGAUUCAGUUCUUGCAACGGAGUAGUAUCGAAAAAUAUCCCAAAAUGCAUCGUCGUUAUCCUUACUUCGCUUUGUGACUUGUCUGGAGAGUAGCGCCACCUGACCCUCUCAACCAAUCAGAAUCAAAACUUGAGCAACUUUGAUUGGGAGAUGGCGUUAGCUGUAUUUCGCUUAGUGAUUGGUCUGGUAAACUCGCGCCACUUUCUAAACCAAUCCGACGACCUACGAAAACCAACCGCAAUCUGCCCGCCCUCGUUUUCCCGCCCUCUAGGCAGUUCACUGGUGUUAACGUUAUGUUUCCAUCGGCUCUUCGUGAUAUUCUUCUUUUUUUUCUAAUUCUCCUUGUCGAUAAUUCUGUUUCUUGUAUU